AUGGAUCCGCUCAGCAUCGCGACGGCAGUCGUCACGUUUGUAGAGGUGGCAGGCUCUGUGGGAAAGGGCAUCAGGCUGCUGCGCUCCGUCGCCCGGUCGGAUGUUGAGUUUUGCGACCUCGUCAACGAGCUUGAAAUGCUGCACUCCUUCAUGGAGCAGGUGGUGCAGACGGCCUCGGACCUUUCGAAGUCGGGAACAGGAGCACCCGCCACAUCUCUGCAGCGACUUGAGCAGCUCCUUUUUGAACUUUCCCGGACGGCCGAGCAGCUCGAUGUCUUGGCCGAGGACCUGAUGGCCGCCAGCAGGCCCAACAAGAAGGGCACCAAGAAAGUCCCAGUCAUCCAAUGGCAAAGACACAAGGGCAGAGCUCUCGCUCUGCGCGCGCAGUGUCGUCGCUCACGCGAGGAUAUCUGCGCAUUCCUCGGGAUUUUGGAGCCCUCCUUGAAUGCCGUAAACCAUGCCCGCAUGAUGAUCAGGAUCGAAGCUCUAAGUAGCUCCACCACCGAGUCGAUUAAACAAACCACAGAGGACGCAACACGACAUGUUUUGGGAAGAAUCGACAACUUCGAGGCCACCAUCCGUUCAGCUAUCCAAGCUACGAGCACCCCUUUCCAUGGACGUCCACCUUCAGGAGGCACCGCACGUGGCCAGCCGAGUCCAAGGCGACACGAACGCCCGGUGGACAGAGAGGGUUCCAACUUGACCUCUGUCCACGCUAUCCUUGAACAGAGAUGUCCCGCGGGAUGCGGCUGCCAGUGCCACAUUUUGUCGCAGCUCAACACGCCCACCUGGCUUCGCUAUGCCAUAGGCGGCUGUUUGCUUCGGUACAACGCCAUACCCAUCUUUGACCGACGUCCCUGCAACGCGGCACAAUGCCUUGCAGGCCCAGAGAGGUCAAUGCGCAUCACCGUAAAUUUCCCGAGAUGGCUUCUUCGCCGCGCCAUCCAGUACACAGCUUCCUGGGAUCCUAUUGACACAGGGGCGAGAACUUCACUGAGCAUCCCGAGAGUGGUUUCCACGUCAAGUGCCGUUUUGGCCAUUAACUAUGAAAAUAUCGAAUGGCUCCGUUUGGCUUUUCAGGAGAAAAGAUAUCUCCCGACCGACGUGGACGAGUUCGAUGGCGAGCCAUUGCUCUCGUUAAUGUUGAGGAGAUGCGUGCUCGUAUUCGAGGUGCUCAGUCCUCUCAUUACAGAGAGAGCUCUUGCUGUGUGCGAUGCAGAUGGACGUUCUGUCGCGGAUCUUGCCCAGGAAUGUCUUUGGGCAUCCAAAUAUCGUUUGCCGAGCACCGCAAAUAUCUUGAAGAGUUUGCUGAAGCUCGGAGCAGAUCACCUCACGUACUCGCCCUCGCCGAUACGCGACUCCAUUCUUGGCAACUCAGGUAUCUCAGUGAAGCAGGCUUUGGUGAUGAAUCCGGGCAGUCUCAACUCUCUGGAUAACCAUGGAUGCUCACCACUGCAUUGGGCAGUGCAUCGCUUUGAUACAGCCGCCACUCUUCUUCUUCUACAGAAUGGGGCAGAUCCAAACUUGACAGAAAGGAGCGAAGGAAAGACGACGCUGCACAUUGCUUGCCACAAGGGGUUCCUCGCUGGAGCAAGCCUGCUACUACAACACGGAGCCAACAUCAACGCUAAAGAUAAAGAGGGCCGGUCUCCGCUGAGCGCAAGCCUCCAUUGCCCCGACAUGGUUCGUUUGUUGCUACGACAUGGCGCAGAUCCAGGCCCUGCUAAAGGGCGACGUGCAACGAUAUGGUCCCCUGUCCAUCAUUUGUCAGACUAUCCAAGACUGCUGGCAACAAAGGCACUUUCGACGGUGUUGAGCUCUCUGGUAGACGCAGGCGCCAACCUGGAAUCCAGAGCCAGUUUGGGCAAUACGCCUUUGUUGUACGCGGCCUUGAGGGGAAAGCUAGGCGUUGUGAAAGCCUUGGCGAAAUGCGGAGCGCGGAUCGACGCCAUAAAUGAUUACGGACACACCAUCCUGGCCAUGACCGCAAAGUACGCCUCCAGUCCGAGUCAGAUCCAGUUUCUGAGGGACUGCAUUGACCUGCAGCUGGAUCCUGACGCCAGGGGCAUGGCAGGGAUGUCCCUGCUGGACAUCAUCCAUGACAGAAUCUCUCGUGCGGCAUACCUCGACAAUACAUUUGCACAAAGGCCAUUAAGCCACCGCGGCAUUUGGCUUCUCAGUGCCCUCGUGGUGGAGUUGAGGGAAAGGAACUGGGCCAACGGCAGAUUCUUGGAGACCAGGGAUCAGUUACCCCGAGACGGAUCGCACAGGGAGCUCAAGAUGUGGAUCGGGAGGGAGUAUCUGCGCAUGCAAUACCAGCCGGGUUUUGCGGAUCAGACGUGGGACAAAUUGGCCUAUCCAAAAUCCUGGUAUUACUAUCAAGAUUAUCCUCUUGAUCGUCGGGUGCUCUGGUAUGAAGCCGCAGCGAGCGAGGGAACUGUUUUUCGCUCCCUGUUUGGAGAAGGGCAGGCGGGGGGCGAUGAGCGCGUGGAGGGCGCCUCGGAUUCAGAAGGUGAGGACGAGUUCUUUGAUGCCAUGGAUGUCCACUAGCAAAUCAAGAGGAGCGGAAUCAAGGUGACGAGAAUCAGGUUUCACCAUUAGGCUACAGAGGCAACGCACAGCUAGCAGGAAGCACUAAACAAACACGCGCGCCGCAUCACUCCACCCCCAGCUCGCCGGCGCCGCCCUCCCUCGGCCGCGCCGCCUCGCGCGCGUCGACGAGCGCGGCGCCGAUCAUGGACGCGGGCCAGCUGAACCAGGCCUUUGACGCGCAGCGGCCCGAGCGCGCGUCGACGGCCUCGGCGAAGGAGCCGUCCCACUGCAUGGCGCCCACGACGCGCCGCCACGCGUCCCGCUCCGCGGCCGCGUCCCCCUCGAUCCGCGCAAACAUGAGCUCCUGGAAGUAGCCGAGCGUCCACGCCCCGCUGCUGUGCACGCUGCCGAGCCCGCCAAAGGGGUACAGCUGCUGCCGCUGCUCCUGCGUCUGGCGUUGCUGCUGCUGCUGCGGCUGGGUUUUGUCGUUUGUUUCGCUCCCGCUGCAGAAGCCCGAAGCGUUGCGCGUGGAAAAGGCGAAGCGCAUCGUGUUGCGCCAGGCUUCCUCGAUCUCGUCCUGUGGGGGGGUUUUUUUUUAUGUUGUUUAGUCUCUUUUACUUUUUUCGAACAUCACCUAGAAACACUAAUGGUCACGUACCUCAUCCACUCG